GCACAGGAAGGAUUCACCACAUGAAACAGAUGAGCGGAAGAGAUUUGAGACAACUGCAGAAAUGUGAUGCGAAACCGGGAAGAAUACUCAUGUAACCCCUUUAAUAAUAUAACUGAUAUAUAUCCUAGUAAGACCAUCAAACAGGCAGUAUUAUAAUGAGGAGAUCAGUCAGUGCAUGCAGUGUAAACAGAGCUAACGCUUAGCUUAUGUUUUGAUGGAGGAGGACACAUACCAGACAAGAGGGAGUGUAACGUGGAGGAGAUGGUGAUCCUAAGUGUUCAUCCAGUGAGCUAGGACCUCUCUGUGGACUUACUUGAAGAAGCCAUGGAGAGAGGAGGGAAAGCAGAGGAUGAAGACGCCAGUUUGUUUGUGGACUCUGAAUUUCCUGCAGAUGACUCAGCCCUGUUGUCAGAUUGCUCCACUCCCAUCGCUAAACUGAAGGGCACCAUCACCUGGCUGCGUCCCCAGGAGAUCUGCCAGUCACCAGAAUUAUUCCCUGAAGAUAUCAGCUUGGGUCAUGCAAAGCAGGGUUUAUUGGGAGACUGCUGGCUCCUUUGUGCCUGCACCGUCUUACUGCAAAACAAACAUUUACUAAACAAGGUGAUUCCUCUAGACCAGCCUACAUGGGGAGGCAGUGGAUACAAAGGGUUUUUUCGUUUUUGUUUUUGGCAGUAUGGUCACUGGAAAGAUGUUAUCAUUGAUGACCUUUUGCCAUGCAUUGAUUUAAAACUAUGCUUUUCACGGUGCCUUUCUCCAACUUCCUUUUGGGUAGCAUUGUUGGAAAAAGCCUGUGCCAAGCACUAUGGCUCUUAUGAGAGACUUUGGGCAGGGAAAGUAUCUGAGGCUUGGGUUGACCUUACUGGUAGCCUGGCAGAGCACUGGAGUUUGGGUAGCAUUGGAACAGAAGAAGAAAAUGUUAAACAACAAGACACAGAUCCAGUCAGAAGGAGACCAGAUCUUGUGAAGUUUGUGAGAGAUAAUUGCAUACUUAGCUGCUCUAUUAACAGCAGGACAACAGUUGAAGAGGCCACUGAGCUGGGUCAGUAUCAUGCCCUAAAUGUCUUAGAGUGGCUUGAAGUGAGCACGGUGUCUGGAGACAAAGUACAUCUUCUCCGGAUUAGAAACCCCUGGGGCAGAUGCUGUUGGACUGGGUCCUGGGGUGAAGGUGGUGAUAAUUGGAGCUCUCUUGAUCCUCUAUGUGCGAUGGAUUUGCAAGCAAGAAUUUCACAAGGGGAAUUCUGGUUGGAUGAAGAAGAGUUCGUAUCUAUGUUUGAUGAUGUUACUGCAGGAUAUAAAGUUGAUGAGAAUGGACACAUUAGAAGCAUUUACUCAGGAAACAUGUUAGAACACCGUCACCAGCUGGCUGGUGAGUGGAUAAAGGGAUUCUCUGCUGGCGGUAGUAGGAACAGCAAUAGCUACAGGACUAAUCCAAAGUACUGGCUCAAAGUUAGAGAAAGAGGAGAGGUAUUAGUAUCACUCUUGCAGCAUAAAGAAAAUAAGAGGAUGGACAAAUCAGUACAAAUGCUAUGUGAAGACCUCAGAAUGAAUAAGCACCAGCAUUACCAAGCUAUUGCUCUGCACAUUUGGAAGGUGGAGAAGAAACAUUUCAAUUUAAGCCAAGUGUUAAAUAAAGCUCCAUUUGCUUCAACUCACUGCCAUGCAUAUGAUAGAGAAGUGGUCCUCCAUCAGGAGCUUGAGCCUGGAUACUACCUUAUGAUACCCAGCACUUACCAGCCAGAAGCUGAGGCCCAAUUCCUUAUAAGGGUCUUCUCUUCUUCAUCCACUUCUCUCAGUGCAUUGAAAAGCCCAGCUCGGUUACUGCCAUUAACACUUGGUGGAGAAUGGGAGAAUAGUUACUUUCAUGGAGCUUGGGUCAAGGGAAGCACUGCUGGAGGAAGCAGGAAUUUCCAUUCUCACUGGUGCAACCCACGCUUUCUGUUUAGUGUGUGCAAUGACACCAUGGAAACCCCAGGAGUCAACAUCAAAAUCACAUUGCACCAAAACUCCCCUGAAAACGAAUUACACCCAAUUGGCUUUCACAUCUACAAGACUCAAGAUGGGCUAUCUCAGUCUGAGUCUUCAAAAAAUGAACCUGUAGCCAGCUGUAUUCCUCACUGCUACAACCAGGUUGUGACUCUACCGUGCAAUCUUUCUCCUGGAGUUUACACCAUUGUGCCAUCUACAUACGAGCCUGACUGCCCUGCCAACUUCUCCCUUUGCAUAUCUCAAAGGGUACACAGGUACGACCAGAUUGUGGAUAAAAACAUGUUAUUUCACUUACAUUUUAAUAUACUGCUUUUUCAGGAAAGUGGUGAGAUGUCAAGAGACGCUUGGAAGAGCCAUUCAAGAGACAUCUUGUACAUCUUUGAUGCAGAACUAGUGGUGACUUCUGCUCCACUGAUGCUGACUAACCUCACUGUGGUCUCUGGCACAUGAUGAAAGAACUAUAUCUUCAGUCCAUGUUUACCAGCCCAGCACUGUGUGCAUGUCUAUGUAUGCUUGUGUGCCAUGAAUGUUUAGGAAUGCAAGAAAGAUUAGUGAGAAUGUGUGUUGGAACUCAUGGCCUAUCAGGAUCUGCUGAGGCUCUGGACUAGUGGGCAGUCACACACUUAUCAGCCAUUAGGACAUCAGAGGCUGUCGGUGGGCUGGGCUGCUAAUGAGCUAUGACGGGACUGCCUGGUGUAAACAAACAGCCGCCAUUGAAGGGCCCGCUGCUGCUCUUCCCCAUUCACUCACUGGUGCGCUUUCUGGCCAAGAACAAUGUCCUCUCUUAUGAGAGGCACAGGGGGCAUGGGGCGACUGAUGGUUUCAAACAGGAGAGCCAACAAAAUGACACCAUAACGUGCCAUACCAUGCCAAAGCAGUCCUCCCAUCUCUCCCUCUAUUCAUUAGGUUUAUAUACUCUUUAGUUACCCAACAGCAGGGUCAUCAAGUUUACCCUACUGCCUUGGCUAUAUUUGAAUAGUGCUUUCAAAAAUUACCCC